GCAAAGAAAUAUUGGCGGGUAGCGGCAGCAGCGCAGGUGGAUACAUACCUACAGCAGCACGAUAAUCAAUAAUCAGAGACGACGACGACGAGGAGGAGGCCAAACAAAACAAAGAAGAAGACCCAGAAGAAGAAGGAGAAUUCGGCACUGUCGUGAUUAGCAAUAUCACCAGCAGAAUCAUCGGAGUCAUCCCGCAUCGGAGAAAUCCAGGAUGGCAUCUGUGGGAGGAUCAUGGAUCAUCGUUAUACAGAAGUAGAAUCUCGGGGUCAGCCUUUGAGUGUAUUGUUAUUUAUUACAACAAGAAUUUAUUAUCACUCCUCGCAAGUCAUGACAGAAGCCGGUUCCAUGAGUUUUAUGAAGACGGUCCCAACAUAGGCGAACUGAUUGGGUGGUUUUGUCAUAAAUCUCGAUUUUAAUAAGCCCAGGCUGUUGGGUAGUGGUCUGUUUAAUUGUGUGUCUGCAAUGGUUUGCGGUGAGUUGAAGGUGAUUUGGGUGAUGGUCGCGAGACGGAAGGGGGUGAGGUGAAGGGAAGGGGCUGCGCUUGGGAUCUGUUGUGUCUGGUUCGGUUUUGUUUUUUUUCUUAAUUGGGAGGGAGAGUUAGGGUUGGCGAGAGGAGAAUUGUAAGGAACGGUUUUGUCGAAUUGGGUUACGUGUGGUAGCGGGAAAUGGUGAAAUUAGACUCGAAGACGUGCAUCGAAGCCGCGACAGCUCAUUUCUCCGGGUUGCACUUUGACGUUGAGUAUCCGGCGGUGAUGUAUAUGGGAGCGAACAAGGUCCCUUUCGUCAUAGGUGUGGCGGGAGGUACUGCGUCGGGUAAGGCGACUGUAUGUGACAUGAUCAUUCAGCAGCUACAUGAUCACCGUGUUGUGCUUAUCAAUGAAAGUUCUUUCUACCGAGGAUUGACACCAGAAGAGAAAGCUAAUGUGGGAGAAUAUAACUUCGAUCAUCCUGAUGCGUUUAUUACGGAGCAGUUAUUGGAAUGCCUUAGCCAUUUGAAAGCGAAUGAACCCGUUCAGAUUCCUGUUUACGACUUUCUAAAAUAUCAACGCUUCAGUGAUAGGUCCCGGAAGGUGAAUGCAUCUGAUGUGAUCAUUAUGGAGGGCAUCUUGAUCUUUCAUGACGCCCGUGUGCGGGAACUGAUGAACAUGAAGAUCUUUGUAGAUACAGACGCGGAUGUCAGGUUAGCACGACGGAUAAGGAGGGACACUAUCGAGAGGGGCAGAGACGUGAAUUUUGUGAUUGAGCAGUACGCCAAGUUUGUGAAGCCAGCAUUUGAUGCUUUCGUAUUGCCAACUAAAAAGUAUGCGGAUGUAAUCCUACCUCGAGGAGGAGACAAUCUGAUUGCUAUUGAUCUCAUAGUCCAACAUAUCCGCAUGAAACUUGGUCAACAUGAUCUUCGCAAGAUAUAUCCAAAUGUGGUUGUUGUACAGUCCACUUUUCAGAUUCGUGGAAUGCAUACCCUCAUUCGAGAUCGAGAGACUACCAAACAUGACUUUGUCUUUUAUGCUGAUCGACUUAUUCGUUUGAUUGUGGAGCACGGACUUGGACACUUGCCUUUCACUGAAAAGCAGGUUAUCACACCGACCGGUUCAACAUACAUUGGAGUGGACUUUUGCAAGCAGCUUUGUGGAGUAUCCAUCAUUCGCAGCGGAGAAAGCAUGGAAAAUGCUUUACGGGCGUGUUGCAAGGGUAUCAAGAUUGGAAAGAUUCUCAUACAUCGGGAAGGGGAUGAUGGGAAGCAGCUAAUUUAUGAAAAAUUGCCCCAUGAUAUUGCUGACCGGCACGUGCUGUUAAUGGAUCCCAUCAUGGGGACAGGAAACUGCGCUGUUCAAGCCAUUGAUCUGUUGCUUCAGAAAGGCGUUCCAGAGUCUCGAAUUAUAUUUUUGAACCUCAUUUCGGCUCCUGAAGGAAUUCAUGCAGUAUGCAAGCGCUUCCCUCUGUUAAAGAUAGUGACAUCGGAGAUAGACGCAGGACUAAACGACGAGUACCGCGUUGUGCCUGGCAUGGGGGAGUUUGGGGAUCGUUACUUCGGGACAGACGAUGAUUCAACCUGAGCGAAUGUUCAAGGCUCCUUGUGAACAGCAUUUCAGGUCUUUGAAGGGUUUACGGGACCAGUAAGGAGGUUAUUUCCCCUCUUCAAUCGCUUGGGAUAUUCUUGGGAUGGAAGGUGACUUCGCAGUCUCUCCUUGUGGAAUGUGUACAUAUAUAUAUAUAUAUAUAUUUUUUUUUUUCACUGGACAUUUAUUAUUAGUUACUGGGGAAUUGUGCAACCUGUGCUUAAUGGGCACAAUUUUUUUAGCGUGGCCAGACCAAGUCCAUAAGUUUUUCUUUUAUCUCAAAUGAAGUCAAUGCUAUGCUGAUGGUGACUUUCACAAACACUAGUUCAUAACCCACAAUUGAGAAAUAUGAUGUCUCUUUGACCAAUCACCUAGGCACAGUGAAUCCCUUGAAAACAAAAAGAAAACCAGAAAGAAAAAAGAAAAAAAAGAAAGAAAAAAGAAAAAAAAAAAGGAGAAGAGACAAGACUGAGAAGAGGGCAGACCACCUCUCAUAACUAUCCAAGCAUGGCCUCCAAUUUGUAAGUAGUACAACAAGCAUUGCUCAUUGUCUUGUCACAUGAAUAAGCAUGUGGGAGAUCAGCAUGCAGUGUAUCUUGGACUUGGUCUAGCCUCACACUGAAGCUGUUUACACUUCCCCCUUUGACAAUCUGAGAGUGUACCCACAGUUUUUUUUUCUUCAAGUUAGGUUGAGCUCAAGGUCCAAGACACAGAUUGACAAAAGUGAAAGCUGUUCACAAUGUGAGUCUUUCAACUCAUUGAAUCAAAUCCAGGUUGGUCCAAAAUUUCAAUGCCCUUCCAGAAAAACAUAAAUGCAUACUCUGACACUAGUGUUGGGGUGUGUAAGGAAGAGAUGGAGCCUCCUCACAUGUACAGUAUGCUUGAAGCAUAGAAAGGGACUCUGGACCAACUCCAUGGGCUUAACUAGGCAGGUGUUUCAAGGAGGGUCUUCUUCAUGAACAAGGUGAGCAAUUGGCUGACACUGAACUGAAGCCCUUACAGACAGAGAGGAGUAGAGAGAAAGAGAGAGGAGAACAAGCAUGAUAGCAAACUUUGUCUUUAACUAUAUAACAGCAGAGAUGGAACCAAAUAUAUUUAAAGCUGGUGCCCAUCAUGUGGGUGAAACAAAUGCCAAGCCAUGGAGUUGGAAGGAUAGUUGCUCUUCCAAGUACUACUGAAGUUUAAUUGUUGCUUACUUGGUGGCCAUUUUCUAGUGGGAGACAAAUGACUUAGAAAAUGAUUUGGUACAAGUCUUAUUAUUAUUAUUAUUAUUUUUUUUUUUAUAUCUGUGGACUUACCUGUUAGUAAGGUCAAAACCAAUGUAUCAGAGUGUGUGUAUAUAUAAUUUUUCUUGAAAAGUGUA